AUGGCCCUCAAUGAGAACCCAUCGUUGGCGAACCAGUCGGCGCCGGUCAAGAAGUUUAAAUGUUUACGCUGUAAAAAGGAUACGUUCAAGUCUGCAAUAGGGCUUGCAAAACAUCAGGCUGCCCUAGGUCACCACCACGUUGCUUGUCCCGUAUGCAACAAGGAGUUUGGUACUGAAAAAGGCCGCGAUGAUCACCAGAGAUCAUCCCACAACCGACGUCCCGUAUCGAGGAGGAAGAAGGCUGUUCCUGCCUUAGUGCCUCCCGCACAAGACUCUUCGACACGGCAAGAGCAACUACAAAACAAUCAACAAGUGCUGCAGCAGGGGCAACAGCAACAAGAACAACAACAAGUAAAGUUGCUCGUCGAUCAAGGUGUAAAGAAGCCAGCUAUCGCCGUCUCCCAUACCAGCAGUACCACACUCCACGAUCACAUGGAGAAUGCUGUACCUGUUAGUGGCCCUCUGAAUGAAGUGCGACUAUACUAUAAUGGCAACUUCUUCAUGACCCUCACUCCUUCAGAGCAAGAGCUUGUAUACGCGAAUCUUCUCACAAAGUGUCACUCCUCUGUUCGUCUACAAAGGCAAGGUUAUACCAUGCCAAGUGUGGCACAAGGUGACCAGUCGAGUCCGAAGAAAGCUACUGUUGCAAGAAAAUACUUUCUGGAAACGCCUGUCUUGAAUCUGUACGGAACGAGAAGAGCCAUCGUCAUUGAUUGCGAAAUGGUUCAGGUGAGAAGAUGGCAAAGAGAAGUAGCCUUUCUGAGCGCCGUUGACUUCCUCACUGGGGAAGUUCUCAUCAACAACUACGUCCGGCCAACGGGGAAGGUAACCGACUGGACGACGAGGGUCAGCGGCAUAACGCCAGCUGCAAUGGCCGAGGCGGUAGCACGAGGGCAGGCGCUUAAUGGAUGGCAGUCCGCGCGACAGGAACUAUACAAAUACAUCGAUGCGCAAACUAUCCUCAUUGGCCACUCCCUUAAUUCCGACCUGGACGUCCUGGGGAUAUACCACUCGCGAGUUGUUGACUCGGUGAUACUAGCUAGCGAAGCUGUGUUUGGUUAUUCCGCUGCGUUUAAGCGCCUCUAUAGUCUAAAGACACUGUCCGAGGCAUUUUUGAAACUACGUAUCCAGUCGGAUCAUCAUCCCCACGUGUGCUUGGAAGACACCCUCGCGACGCGAGACGUGGUCCUGUCGUGUCUGCGGAACCCCGAUGGCCUAACAGUGUGGGCUGGAAAUGCGAAGGCCAAACAUGACGCCGAGGUAAAAGAGCGAGAAGAGAGAAAGCGCCAGAAGAAGGAGCAGAAAGCGAAGAUGGCCGCAAAGCAACAGCAGGCAACAGCGACACAGCCAUCAACAUCCCGCGGACCUCUGGGGAAUGCCUCCCAGUUGCUGGUUUUUGAGGAAUCUUCUGGUAUAGAGGCAUCCGAUGACCCUGAAACACUCCGGUGGUCAGACAUCGCAGAGGAUUGUGGAUGGCCCCAUCCUGACACAGGGUACGAUCCCUGGUCAGACUGA